AUGGGGAGAACAGAGCUAGGGGAACACAGUGGUGGGAGAACAGAGUUACAGGAGCACAGCGAUGGGAGAGUAAAGUUAGAGGACCAUAGCGGUGGGAGAACAGAGUUAGAGGAGCACAACGGUGGGAGAACAGAGUUAGAGGAGCACAGCGAGCUAGAGGAGCACAGAGGUGGGAGAAUAGAGUUAGAGGAGCACAACGGUAGGAGAACAGAGUUAGAGGAGCACAGCAGUGGGAGAACAGAGUUAGAGGAGCACAGCAGUGGGAGAACAGAGUUAGAGGCGCACAGCGGUGGGAGAACAGAGUUAGAGGAGCACAGCGGUGGGAGAACAGAGUUAGAGGAGCACAGCAGGAGAACAGAGUUAGAGGAGAGGUGGGAGCAGUGGGAGAACAGAGUUAGAGGAGCACAACAGUGGGAGACACAGAGUUAG